AUGAAGUUAGUUAUACUAUUUCUUGUUUUAGUUUUUAGCAUUGAAGCAGUGAAUAAUUGGGGGUAGGUUUAGGUUGCAAAAAUCAUUUUCAAAAGAGAUUUAACGUUAUUAUAACGCUUUUUCAUUACAAUUUACAUUUAUUAAUAUAUAGCCCCAAACGUUUUAAUAUCCUUGUUUAGGACCAUAAGGUACAACGCACUAUUCAGAUGCGAUAUUAAAAAUGUUGAAGAUGCGCAAGUGGUAAGUUAAAGUUUUAUAAACCCUAGGCUAACGAUAUUGCAAGGCUACGGUCAAGAUUAGUGCCAGACUAACGCCGUCAAGCUUAGACUUAAGUUCAGAAUCAAGCUCAAGCUUAGGCUAAAACUAAGGCUAAGGAUAAGUCUACGGCUAAGGCUAAGGCUAAAACUAAGGCUAAGGCUAAAGGCUAAAGGCUAAGGCUAAGGCUAAGGCUAAGGCUAAGGCUAAGGCUAAGGCUAAAGGCUAAAGGCUAAGGCUAAGGCUAAGGCUAAGGGUAAGGCUAAGGCUAAGGCUAAGGCUAAGGCUAAAGGCUAAGGCUAAGGCUAAGGCUAAGGCUAAGGCUAAGGCUAAAGGCUAAAGGCUAAGGCUAAGGCUAAGGCUAAGGCUAAGGGUAAGGCUAAAGGCUAAGGCUAAGGCUAAGGCUGAGGCUGUUUAACUUAUUAUAAUUUUAAAAAAUUCAGUUACAAAUUAAAGUUUUGUUUUAGUCUGCUCGAUUAGUACGAGGUGACUUUGAAAGUGGCGGGGAACUUAAGUUUUGCGAAGUUCGUAUCCGCAAUAGUCGUGUUUAUCGUGGUAAGUUCGUUUAGUCAAUAAAGUAGUUUAAGUAUAAUAUGUGAAAUGAGUUUAUAUUAAAUUAGAACACAUUCACUUACAAUAGUAAUUAAUUUACAUAAGUGUUUUUAAGUUUAUAUAUAUUUUAGAGAUUGCCGAAGCUCUCUCUCUUGACCGACCGACCAUGGUGUAUUUGGAUAUGUAAGCUUUAUAACAAACCCUAGCACUAGUCUUAGCCCUGGCUUUAGCCGUAUUUCUAGUUCUAGGCCCAGCUUUGGCCCUAGCUCUGGUUUUAAGGUUAGUUUAAGCCGUCUGACAUGUCAAAGUCAAAACUAAAUAUUACAGAAAGCACCAGUGCACUCCAGCUGGUAAUUGCGUACGAGGACGGCAUUAUUCAACGCUUGAAAGUUAUGAUCGCAUCAGAAACGCACAAAAUAAUGGUUAGUUGCUAAAUUUUGUUACCCUACCCUACUCUACCCUACCCUACCCUACCCUACCCUACCCUACCCUACCCUACCCUACCCUACCCUACCCUACCCUACCCUAACCUACCCUAACCUACCCUAACCUACCCUACCCUACCCUACCCUACCCUACCCUACCCUACCCUACCCUACCCUACCCUACCCCACCCUACCCUACCCUACCCUACCCUACCCUACCCCACCCUACCCCACCCUACCCUACCCUACCUUACCCUACUUUACCCUAAAAUGCCGUAUCUUACCUUAACAAACCCUACCCAAUCCAACCCUGCCCAAUCCAACCCUACCCAAUCCAACCCUGCCCAAUCCAACUUUGCCCUACCCUAACAUGCUCCACCAUACCUUACCGUGUCCUACCCAAUAUUAACAUGCCCUGCCCUAAUAUUCCGCGAAUGCCCUUCUCCUCGCUUUUCAAAUUAUUUUAAAAAACCCAUGCCCCGUGCUAAUUAAAAAAGCCGUGCCUACUCUAUCCUACCAUCCCUACCCUGCCCUGCCAAUUUUUUAUUAUUUUUAGAUAUUGAAGGUCUUAUCUACGACUUUGGAACUAUUCAGUUGGAAAAUCUUAACUAUCGUACACCUUGCUAA